UAUGUACCAAUGUCAUCAAUAUUGUUCAUUUAUAAUCAAACAAUGUAGUAUAAACUCCUUCCAGAUUUUUUCCUUUCAAUAUUAAAAGUCAUUCGUUUAAUGGUAUUAUAUUAUAAAUACAAUCAUGUAAUUUAUUCUAUAUAUAGACAACAUAAUUAUGACAAAAUCGUUCAAAAUCAGUUUAGCAUAGUUUAUGUAAACUUUAUGCUAAACUUAAAUUUGUUAGGAUAUUGCUAUUAUUUAAUAUUUGAUUAUUAUUUUUGAUUGAACAUUAUGCUAUUAAUAAAAUAUAUUGAUAAGUUGUUAUUUAUAUUCAAUAUUAAACAAAAAUUUAAAAUUGAUCGACUGACGAAUAGGUAUAGGUACCCACAUUAUUUAAAAUACCAUAAUAUAAUCGGUGUUCGGAUUAGAUAAGUAAAUUUUUAUCUAGAUAAAUAUAAAGAUGAUGGAACUCAAAUGUAUCUAGAUAGAUAUAAAAGAUAAUUUAACUCAUAUUUAUCUAGAUAAAAAAAAGAUACAAUUUUUUUAAAAUGGGUUUUAAAUUUAGGUAUAUUUUAGUUGGGCAAUAGAAACAUAAUAAUAAUAAUGAUAUAAAUAAAAAUAAUUACAUUAUCUCUAAUCUCUAGCUAGUCUCUAGCUUCUCUAGCUAGUCUCUAGCUUCUCUAGCUAGUCUCUAGCUAGCUAUAUAAAGCAGAAACCUGAGGGCGCUCCUCUGGUGAUUUUUCGUACUGCUAUAGAGGAGAAUGGAGGGAAAACGGAUCUCUUUUGUGGCGCUCCUUUGGCGAUUUUUGAGACGGCCAAAGAAAAAAUUCGAUGGGCGGUCUCCCAGGCCUCUGCUUUGUAAUAUUAUAUAUCAGAAAAAAAGGUAUAUUUACGAAGAACUUUGUAUUUAUAUUUAAAGAUAAAAACUUAUAUAUUUUAUUGAUUAGUUUAUUUAUUAAUCUAUUAAUAUAAAUAAUUUAGUUUAUGUAUGAAGAUAUCAAUCUUUAGUCUUUACCCCCUUUGAGGACUUCCUGCGUCCUCGCUCGGACCUUAUUCGCGUUCCCCGCUAAAUUUACAGGCCGCGCGCGGUCGUAAUUUGUUCACGGCGGGCCCGCCGCGGCGGAGAUAACGUGCAAACCGAGUGCCGCCGUCGCGCGUGUUUAUCGAUAAUUUUUUAGAAAAGUCGAGUUUCACCACUUUGCGUCGCGUAGGUAUUACUAUAUACAGGCAUAAAUACAUGUGCCGAAAAGUUCGAUUUUUUUUUAUUGAUUUUUUUUGAUUCAAUAAACUGCGUUAUUAUAAUAUUAUAUUUGACUGCCUUUUGUCCUUUUGCCUACUCGGUCACGCCGUGGCUUCCUUAUAUCGGUAUUUAUAUAUUUGAUUUGGCAUAAAUAUACACGAUAUAGCCACUGUAUCGGUCUGUAGGUAGGUACAUGUAUAUAUUAUAAUAAAUAAACGUAUAAACAUUAAUUAUAUAAUGAAAUAUCCUAGCUCGAGUCGAGUCGACUAUACUAUAGGUAUGUUUAAUCAUGUGCAUAAAAUCAAACUAAUAACUAACCUACAUGUAUAUACUAUAUGACUUAAUGAGGAUCUAUUUAUUUAUUAAUAUACAUUAUUAGGGAGCGGAUGUUUAUGCAUUUAUCAUAUUUUUUAGUAACAUUUAAAUCAAUGCGGAGUAAGAUAUAAAUUUGUUUCAUCACCUUAAGAAUUCAAAUUUACCAAUUUGAUUUUGCAUAUUUUCGCAUAUUUGUUCGUUUUUUAUUUGAUUGAUCAUAUUUUUAAAUUUAUCAUGUUUUUAGUGCAUAUUUGAGGUUUUUCGUGAUAUACUAAUAUUAUAGUAAUAUAUUAACGGACUCGACAUGCGUAAUUAAUAGUUCAAAACUUCCCGGCGGCGGUGGCGGCGGCGGGAAUAGCGAUUAUUUCAAUUUCUUUUACAAAAAUUAUUCACAAAAAUGAUUCAUAUCACCUGUGUUGCACACGGGUUGCAUCGUAUUUCAGAGGAAGCUCCAUCAAGAAUAAAUGCUUUUCAAACUAUUGCUCCUGAAAUUUCUUUACCACCUCAACCAAUUAUUACACGUUGGGGUACAUGGUUGGACGCAGCGGCAUAUUAUUGUGAUCACUUUGAUACAUUUUUUAGAGUUAUGCAAACCUUUGAUAAAAAUGAUGCAAGUUCCGUUAAUAUUACAAAAUCGUUGAUGGAAGAUCCAACUAUAAAAAAUGAUUUAAUUUUCAUUAAAACACACUUCGGAUUUUUAGUGGAUAAAAUUACUAGCUUGGAAAAACAAGGCGUCCUAUUGACAGAUUCUAUUUUAAUAGUCGAAGAAGUUAAAGCUAAAAUUUUUCAAGUCCCAGGAAAUGUAGGAAAAUCUAUACAAACCAAACUUGAUAGCGUUUAUGAUAAAAAUCAUGGACUGAAGAAAUUGAAUACAAUUUCAAACAUUUUGGCAGGAAAAAAUCAUGUUACUAUUCAAGACUUGGAAGAAGAACUAACUACGUCAGACCUACUAUGUUUCAAAUAUGCUCCUGUCUCAUCUACCGAUGUAGAACGCAGUUUUUCAAAAUUCAAAAUGUUGCUAUCGGAUAACAGAAGAAAAUUUACUUUUGAUAAUUUAAAGAAAACAUUGAUCAUCCAGUGCAAUUCCCAAUUACUAGGUAUAUUUUAAAAUUAUUUAACGCUUAGUUAGUACUUGGAUUCUAAUAUCUACCCAUCUUUAUUAUUUUCAGAUUAACAAAAAAUUCACCAACAGUUCUUUUUUAAGUUUUAAUUUUAAGAAUAAUUAUUUUAUACCUAUAUAUUUUUAAUUGUUAAUAAACAAAAUAAGUUGUAAAUAAAAAUUUUUUUGAUGCAUAUUUUUAAAUUUUAAAGAGCAUAAUUGCAUGCAUAUUUUUUAAUUUUUUGGAGCAUAAACAUCCGCUCCCUAUACAUUAUAUACUAACUGUAGCAGUAUUUGUAUGCUACAUUAAAUUAUUAAUUACCAAAAUAAGAAAGUGGCUAUUUGAUUACCUAAACCAGUUAACUCACCUGACAACUGUAAUAUUAUAUUGAUAUGUGCGUACUGAUUAGUUCAUUUAUCAUAGGUAGGUAUAUACAAUAUGUUUUUUUGGUUUGUGUAGUAUAUUGUUUGCAUUGUGUGUAGUUAUAUACUACAGCGAACGUCAUUCGAGGUGACUGACCUGCUAGAUACCCAAAAAAUUCAUUAGCUUAUGAUUUGCAUGGACGCCCGAAAUUUUUUAAAUUUUUUUCACGUAAUUUAUUACUUAUUUUUGUAAUCAGUCAUAAAUAAGAAUACUAUUUCACAUUUUUGUAACAAAUUAUGUUCUAAGACAAAUAUCUUAUGAUAGCUUAGUUUGUUAGCAUUAUUAAAUAUUGUAAUCUUAUGAAUGUCAAAAUGCAUUCUUUACUGCAAUAAUAAUUAAUAUGAAUUUACUGCCUUGGAGGUGGUACAAAUUUAAAAUAAUGAAUACAAUUUAUUUUAAUUAUUGCGUAUAACAUAAAUCAAUAUAUUUUAGAAUCUGAGCGAUGAAUGUAUUGAUGUAAUACAAUAGAGUCUGGAUUUUGUUAUUUAUAGAUUUUGUUUUGUAUGUUUAUAGUAGAAAACAAG